AUGGAAAUGGAGAUGGAGGAGAAGCAGAAAGACGAGCAAAGAGUAUUGCAAGAAGAAGAACCUGAAGUCAAUUACAGAGGAGUUAAAGCUAUGCCCUUCAUCAUAGGGAAUGAGACAUUUGAGAAACUGGGAGCAAUUGGAACCAUUUCUAAUUUGUUGGUGUAUCUAACCACGGUGUUUAACAUGAAGAGCAUCACGGCCACCACUCUCCUCAACGUCUUCAAUGGCACCACCAAUUUCUCCACCUUGCUUGGGGCGUUCCUUUGCGAUACCUACUUCGGUCGUUACAAAACUUUGGGUUUUGCUUCGAUUGCAUCCUUCACUGGCUUGCUAUUGAUCGAUUUAACCGCCGUGUUCAAAGGACUUCAUCCGCCGGAAUGUGCAUCAAAAGAAGGUAGUCAUUGCACCAGCGCCACACCAUUGCAAUGGCUAUUUCUACUUACCGGAUUUGCGUUAAUGAUAGUCGGAGCGGCCGGUAUCCGGCCGUGUAAUCUGGCUUUUGGAGCAGAUCAGUUCAAUCCAAAGACGGAAUCCGGUAAGAGAGGGAUAAACAGCUUCUUCAAUUGGUAUUUCUUCACUCUGACCUUCGCACAGAUGGUGUCGGUUACUCUGGUGGUUUACGUUCAGUCCGACUUGAGCUGGUCCAUCGGACUAGCAAUUCCGGCGAUCUUCAUGUUGAUUUCGUGUUUCCUGUUCUUCGGUGGUACCAAAAUUUACGUGAUAGUAAAACCGGAAGGAAGCCCGUUCACGAGUAUGGUGAGGGUAGUGGUGGUGGCCGUGAAGAAGCGCCGGCUGAAACUGCCGGAACAACCAUCCCUGUCACUUUUCAACUACACACAACCGAAAUCCAUUAAUUCCUCUCUGCCAUAUUCGAAUCAAUUCAGAUUUCUUAAUAAAGCGGCAAUCGUGACACCGGAAGACGAAAUGAACCCAGAUGGAUCGGCGUCCGACCCCUGGAAGCUAUGCAGCAUCCAGCAAGUAGAAGAACUAAAAUGUGUAUUAAAAGUUGUCCCCAUAUGGACUGCAGCCAUCACAUACUCCAUAGCCAUGACCCAACAAACCCAAUACGUUGUCUUCCAAGCCCUUCAAUCCGACAGACGUUUCUUCAACUCCAAGUUCCAAAUCCCAGCUGCUUCCUACACCGUCUUCACCAUGCUCACUCUUGUCAUCUUCGUCCCCAUCUACGACCGCCUCAUCGUCCCCCAGCUCCGCCGCAUCACCGCCAAAGAUGGCGGCAUCUCCCUCCUUCAGAGGAUCGGGUUCGGGAUAUCCUUGACGGUUGUAGCUUCACUUAUCUCGGCCUUGGUGGAAGAGAAACGGAGGAGGCUGGCACUGACGAAACCGACAUUAGGGUAUGAGCCCCAUAGAGGGGAGAUUUCAUCAAUGUCUGCAUUUUGGCUGAUUCCGCAAUUAUCCUUGGCUGGAUUUGCGGAGUCGUUUACUUCAAUAGGGUUGGUGGAGUUUUACUACAAACAAUUUCCGGAGAACAUGAGAAGUGUUGCGGGUGCGUUUUUCUUUUGUGGGAUGGCGGCAUCGAGUUAUUUGAACGGUUUUCUGGUGACGAUGAUUCACCGGAUGACAGAAGGGGCGGGGAGCGGGAACUGGUUGCCAGAGGAUCUGAACAAGGGUAGAUUAGACUACUUCUAUUUCCUGAUAACUGUAAUGGGGGUGUUGAAUCUAGGGUACUUUCUGAUGUGUUCAAGGUGGUAUAGGUACAAAGAGAGCGCCGGUGGCCCUCGUGCUACGGUGGAGAUGGAGAAGAAGCCUGAGAAAUAUGCGGUUUGAAA